UUGGCUAAAACAGCGUUUUGGUAUACUCAAUGUAUAUGGAUUGAGGUGGACCAAGCCAUCCUAGCCGAAGAAGAUCGUGUGGUUGUUGUUCGAUUUGGACACGAUUGGGAUCCCACUUGCAUGCGGAUGGAUGAGACACUUUUCAAAAUUGCUCCGAAAGUGAAAAACUUUUCUGUGAUAUAUCUUGUCGACAUCACCAAGGUACCAGAUUUUAACAAAAUGUACGAGUUGUACGAUCCUUGCACGGUGAUGUUCUUUUUUAGGAACAAACAUAUCAUGGUGGACCUAGGAACUGGUAACAACAAUAAAAUCAACUGGCCGAUUACGGAUGGGCAGGAGCUUAUUGACAUCAUUGAAACUGUGUAUAGAGGUGCGCGGAAAGGACGGGGUCUGGUCGUUUCCCCGAAGGACUACUCAACCAAGUACAAAUUAACUCAACUACAAGAUCUCAUAAAUGAACUGGCAUCGUUCAUGACGAACGCAGUCGGAGUGCUUCAGGCAACAGCUCCACCAUGUGAUUUUGAUCGAAGUAAUCCAGAGUUAGAGGAAGAGACCAAUUGUCAAUUAUUCGCCGCACAUAUAGCAAGAACUGCAAAAGAUGUCGAGGUUUUGAUAGAUUCCUUCCCCAUUGAAGACGCUGGAAAUGGAGACACUGUAGAGCAAUUACUGCAAGUAGACGCGGAAAGAUCAAAGGUGGCUCGCGAAUUAGAGUGUGUUGUUGGAGAAGGAGAGGACCUUGUUCAACGUAUACAACAACGGCUAUCAGAUAUUGCUCAUGUUCAAAUCAUGUCUAGGCCUUCAUGCUAGAC